UAUUGUGUGUCAUCAACUCAAGGCGCUUUGUUGUUCUUGCGGGACGGAAAGAAGGAGGAAAUUUGUUGUAAACAUCCCGGGUGAAGCAAAGAUACUAUUACACAUGGCUUAAUGUUGUCAAGCGCCAACCAAGAGUGGAGUUAAACCGAUGUCGCAGGGUGAAAAGUGGCGUAUUUGCGGGACCGAGACAGCUCAGCGUUGAGCUAGCAUUAGCUACUCCGGGAGGGUGUCCACUGUCCAGAUUGGAGCGGAAGGAAUUCCAGGCACUGCGAAGAAGGGGAGAAAUCUUUGCUGGGAUGCCUCACGCAAGUUGGGAAAAAACAUAUUUUAGGGCUCCGCCUGGCAUCACAGCACUAUCAACCUAAAGCAUGUAUUCGCUUGAAUGAUAUCAAAUUGCAGGAACGAUUUAAUGGUGGUUUGUAACAGUUAACGUGCCAGUUUAGCGAGUUAGCCACGUAGCUACGUAGCCCUCAGUAGGAAGACAUUUAAAAUGGCGGAGGGUUGGCCCAUUCCUUCGGCCCUUGUCUUCAUGCUGCUGAGUUUGAGUGCCUGGGCUCUGGAGUCUUGUCCCACUCCUUGCUCUUGUUCUAAAGGGCAGGAUGAGGUCCAGAUUCUGGACUGCAACAGGAAGAGGCUGUCCUCAGCUCCUGUGGACCCACCAGAUGGGAUAACCCAAGUCACUAUGAAUCACAAUGAGUUGACUGUUCUUCCUUUUCUCGGAGACGUUUCCUCAAACAUCACGUCGCUGUCAUUAGUCCACAAUCGGAUCUCAGAGCUUUCAAUGCUUCAGCUGCAGCCAUACAUUUCCUUGGAGACACUAGACCUGACAUCCAACUCCAUCUCCGAGCUCAGAGUUGGAUCCUUCCCUUCCAUGCAGCUGAAAUAUCUGAAUUUGAGUAAUAACAAGAUCAGUGUCCUCGAGCCCGGCUGCUUUGAAAACAUCUCCAGCUCCCUGCUGGUGCUGAAGCUGAACAGGAACAGAUUAGUUGUGCUGCCAUCCAAAGUCUUCAAACUUCCACAGCUUCAGUUUCUUGAAAUGAAGCGCAACAAGAUCAAGAUAGUGGACAGUUUGACAUUCAAAGGGAUGGACUCUCUGAGGUCACUGAAGAUGCAAAGGAAUGGCAUCACGAAGCUCAUGGAUGGAGCCUUUUUUGGACUCAACAACAUUGAAGAACUAGAGCUGGAGCACAACAACCUAACAGAGGUCAACAAAGGCUGGCUGUACGGGCUGCGCAUGCUGCGUAUCCUGCGGGUCAGCCAGAAUGCUGUCGGCAUCAUCCGACCAGACGCCUGGGAGUUUUGCCAAAAGCUGGAGGAACUGGACUUGUCCUUCAAUCAUCUGACUAGACUUGAAGAGACGGCGUUCAUAGGAUUAGGUCUCCUGGAGAGCCUGAACCUCGGAGAAAACUCCAUCAGCCAUUUGGGAGAGGGAGUGUUCAGUGGCCUGGCAAGUCUACGCACCCUAGAUAUCCGCAACAAUGAAAUCUCCUGGGCCAUUGAAGACUCCAUUGGUGUGUUUGAUGGAAUGAAGAAGCUGAACACGCUAAUCAUUCAGCGGAACAAAAUCAAAUCAAUCACUAAGAAAGCGUUUGAGGGCCUGGAGGAGCUGGAGCACCUGGACCUCAGCAAGAAUGGCAUCAUGUCGAUACACCCUGAGGCGUUGUCCCAUAUGAAGCUCAAAGUGUUUGUCCUGAACACGAGCAGCCUGCUGUGUGACUGCCACAUGCAGUGGCUGGGGCCAUGGCUGAUUGACAGCCAGUUCCAGCAGUCUGUCUCCGCUGUCUGUGCUCAUCCUGCCAGCCUGCUUGGUCGCAAUGUCCUGUCCAUCAGCCCGGAAGAGUUUGUUUGUGAUGAUUUCCCCAAGCCUCAUAUCACAACUCACCCAGAGACGUAUGUGGCCUUGAGAGGGAACAACGUGACUCUGAGCUGCGUUGCGUCCAGCAGCAGCGAUUCGCCAAUGACCACAGCUUGGCGGAAGGACGGGGAGGUGCUGUAUGAUGCAGAAGUGCAAAACUAUGCCCGGUACCAGGAAGGAGAGCUGAUCUACACCACUGUGCUUCAUCUCCUUAAUGUCAACUUCACUGAUGAGGGGCGCUAUCAGUGUGUGGUCUCCAAUCACUUUGGCUCCAACUACUCCAACAGGGCCAAGCUCACUGUCAAUGAGCUGCCAUCCUUCCUUAAGACUCCCAUGGAUCUGACGAUCCGCACUGGGACUAUGGCCAGGCUGGAGUGUGCUGCUGAAGGCCAUCCAUCACCCCAGAUUGCUUGGCAGAAGGAUGGAGGCACUGACUUCCCUGCUGCCCGGGAGCGCAGGAUGCAUGUGAUGCCAGAUGAUGACAUCUUCUUUAUUGCUAACGUGAAGACAGAAGACAUGGGGGUGUACAGCUGUACGGCUCAAAACGCAGCUGGCAGCCUGUCUGCAAACGCCACUCUCACCGUUCUGGAAACCCCAUCCUUCAUGCGGCCGCUGGAAGACAGAACAGUGGCACGCGGUGAAACUGCCGUGCUUCAGUGUAUAGCCGGAGGCAGCCCAGCUCCUCGUCUCAACUGGACCAAAGAGGACGGGCCUCUGGUGCUCACCGAGCGCCACUUCUUUGCUGCAGCCAACCAGCUCCUCAUCAUAGUUGAAGCUGGCCCUGCUGACGCUGGCAAAUACACCUGCAUCAUGUCCAAUACUCUGGGAACAGAACGCGGCCACAUCUACCUGAGCGUCUCGCCAUCACCCAACUGUGAUACUGGCACGGGAUACGACCAAGACGGCUGGACCACUGUGGGCAUCGUAGUAAUUGUGGUGGUGUGCUGUGUGGUUGGAACCUCGCUGGUCUGGGUCAUCGUCAUUUAUCACAUGCGCAGGAAAAGUGAAGACUACAGUAUCACCAACACAGAUGAGAUGAAUUUGCCAGCAGACAUCCCCAGCUACCUCUCCUCUCAGGGUACUUUGUCAGAGCCUCAGGAAGGCUACAGUAACUCUGAGGCUGGCAGCCACCAGCAGCUCAUGCCUCCUCUCUCCAAUGGAUACGUCCAUAAGGGCACAGAUGGUGUGUGUUACGGAGACACGGGCAGCGAGGUGGAAACUGAGGGGAAUGGCAUGCUGCACUGUAGGGUUGGCUCUUUGUUCACUGGCCGUAGCAGCUUCCACCCCGGAGAGCCCCGCGAGGGACUCGCUGGACUCCCCACAGGUGGUGCAGGUCCAUUGGUCAUCUGCUCCGACUGCUACGACAACGCCAACAUCUACUCUCGCACACGGGAGUACUGCCCUUACGCCUACCUAGGGGAGGACGAUCCGCUGGACAAGACCCUGCCAGGCCUGAAGGAGAGCUUCAGUGAGCACGCCCAGCACGAGGACAUGGCACUGGAGAGCCUCAUUAGUAACUCCUCCGUCUUUCUCACUUCACACGACAAAAGGCUGAGUAGCCACACUCCCCCGGAGCACUACGCUAAUGAUUCUCUUAGCAGGUCAUUCUGGGGCGAAGGGGAAGACCCGUCCUCGAAACCCCAACCAGGCGCGUCCCAGCACCCAGUGACAGUACACAGGACACCACCUCUGACUUCCACUGCCGACGGGGCAGAGGAACAGAGUGAAGCAGAGGCUGACUGUUUUCCCAGCCAAUGCACACAGGACCACAGAAGUGCCUCUAAUAGGACUAACCCUCAGGAGCACCCUGCUCCCACAUAGGUCCUUACACUCCUCCCACGUUCUGCCUCUGACUCCUCGUUGCUGCACCCCCCUACUCCUGUCACCCACUACCUCCAAAGAGACUCCUCACAUUCUGCCAAAGAUGCUCUCUUGUAUGUUUACAUUCCCCUUUCACUCAAGAGGACAUACAAACGUUCUCCACUGUGGAGAGACUGCUGUGUCAGGCUGGAAAAAUGGACCAGUGAUUAAAUUGACCUCCUCCUUGACACCUCCACCUCUGCAGGACCCUUUUCUCCUACAUCCUCCACUCUUCUUUGUUCUCUCUCUAGAGAAAGCUAUGAAUGUAUGCUUUAAAGAGCCAUGUCGGAUGCUGCCAUGAGAUAACGCCAAGACAUGGUCGAGUCUCUUCAAGCUCUCUCCUCCGUCCCUGCUGCUGCGGGGCUGAAAUUUUUUUGCCAGUGCGCGUCACACUGGCAGUUUCGUCUCAUCAUUCCUGGUACAGACACCUGUUGGAGCAGCCUACAUGACUUUGGUAGAAAUUACAAACCUCCUAUUCCCAAGUGGGGAAAACAGGAGGUUCAAACAGAUGACAGUAGUUCCCUGACCAGCAGUUUGUGGUUGUUAAUAUCAGAAAGAACAUUGAAAACAUGCGUCCCACAUUCCCACAGCCAUCCCGACUGACUCAAAACUAUGCUAUCUGGUAUCAUGCAAAUCCCAGAGACAGUGACACCAAAAUGUGGUGUAUAUUAUGAAUAUAUAUGAAUAUAUCCUAUAUCAUCUUUAUCUGAUCCUGUUUUAUGUCAAAUGAAAUCGCUAAUUCCUUCAUUUUUAUGUCUUUGUGAUGAUAAGCAGUUUGGGGAGAAAGCGUGUACUUUAUUUGCACAUCUGACAAUCAUGGUUUUGCUGGCUACUUUCUAAUGGUUGUCUAUCGGAUGGCCUUUUUAACAAGCAUUCUCAGUAACUUCGAUCAGGUGACAUUAUGGCUUAGAUACACACAGUAUGCACUGAUUUGUUUCCCCCCCUUUAUCAUAUCUUACAGGCACUUAAUUUAACGGUGGUGAACUUCAUUAUGCAGUGUGCAUGCUGUUUUUACAUUGUGAGGGUUUAUCAUCACAGUUUUGUCUCAACAAAGUUCACGAUCCUUCCGUAGAUAUUGAUUAAGCCGAGGUUUUCACUUGGGACUGUGAAAAAUGAGAAUGUAUUGUAUUAUUUUAUACAUGUAUGUGUACAUAAGACUAGUAAUCUAUUAAAUUCCAUGUCUUACUAGUUCAUUUGCAGAGAGGUUUGAGACAGAAGCUGCAGUAACUUUAAGCUUAUUCGUUUUUAUUGAUCCAGCGCUAUCCUGAAGUUUUGAUCUAUCUGAAAAUGGAAACGCCUCCCAUGUAAAAGAAGGUGGUUUUUGUUUAAUCAGGUUUAAUGUCAUGAGUUGUCCUUAAAAAUCCUCUUGAUUAUUGCACUUCGGAGUUGCUCAGAUGUGUUUGGCUUUGUUUGUGACUCUCAGAAAACUUAAUAUUUGCUCAAUAUAUUUAGCAAAUUACACUCCAUUGCCUCUAGGUAUACCUGGCUAAAACUAAUGCAGUCUGAUACAGCAAUCCUGCAAUAAAUCAACCCUCACGAAAGUUCAGUUUUUGAGAGAUGUUUACUCAACUGUAUGAUCAUUUCGUUCGGCGGAUGUAGUUUACGGUGCUGUUGAAUUGUAUUAAAUUCUACUGACAGGUGCUUUUAUUAUUUUGUCCCCCCCAUUUUUUUUUAUCAGUGAGGGUCGGCUAAGUACCAGAAACACUUCUCUGUAUAAUGUCGUACAGCUCAAGAGCACCACAAACUGCUGCUUCCAAAAUGAUUGACAUUACAACCUUCAUGAAGCAAGGUUCAUCAGUUAUGUUUUGAUUUUCCAGUUCCCCGAUCUAGCAAGUGGGUCAGAAAUCUGCCUGUCUGAAAUAAUUUUUAAUUGCCCCUAUACUAAUUGUUUUAUUUAUUCUUGGUUAUUAACUUAACGAUGUCACAGAAAACAACCCAAUUUCCUUGCCUUGCUCCAAGUUUUAGGCAAACUGCACAAUCCAUAGAGUUUUGCCUCCAUUCUUUAACACCACCGAACUACACUCUUCUUUCCAAGAUAAUGAAACGCUUGCUUGCGCUUUAGCUCAUAAACUUUGUCUUUACCUGCCGUUACUUUCUCCUGAGUGUCUGAUUGGUACUGCGCAUGUGCAACUCUGAACAGAGAUGAAAAGGACAUGAGAUUCCUCACUCCUGAGCUGCUUCCAUCAUCAGCUCUGGCAGAAACAGUGUGUUUAAUCCUAAUAACCAUGUGCCCAAUGUGGCAUUUUACUUGCUGUGGGCCAUUAGGCAAUCCUAAUUGUUGGGCCUGAUGAAGGUUAGAUUUAUUUCAGUUGUAUCAGACUGCAGAAGUUGUAGCUAGGCGUACUUAAUAAAGCGACAACUAAGAGUUUAUCAUACUCAUUCUUCACAGGAAUGAUUCGUGACAAUGAUAGUUGAAAGUUUCUUUUUGUUAUUGUCAUUUAUGUUGAUCAUGAGUACUGCUACAUUCUGCUCUUUUAGUCUGGACCAGUAAAUUAUUUUUCAUGUUCCUUCUCUCCUCUUCGGUACAUUGAGUAUACGAGGAUAACAAAAAAAUCAAUAAUGCUGAAACUAAUGGUUCCUUUUUAUCAACAGUUGCUCAAAAUGGACUACAUGUACGUGUUAAGCAGCACAUAGUGUAUCGGUACAUCUCAGUGGUACGUGCAGAUGUGAAUUCAUGCAUUCAUUCACUGUCUUGGUUCUAACUUUUUAAAUUUUGUCAGUGGUCCGCUCUGCUUUAUUGACCAGAUGAACACAUUCCAAGCCUCUUCCUCUGAAUUUGACAUUACCAAACCCAAGACCAAAAACCAAUAUGAUUUCAUGAGUUCUCGACACACUCCCUGCUCCAGCAGAAGCAGAUCCUUGUUACAUGUUCUCUGAUUCUUGGCCAAGGUCAAUGUUAUGCCCCGUCUGAGCGAUUGAGGAAAUUGAAAUAAAAACUCGCAGUGAUAAGUCACACUAAUGGAGUUACAUGUCAGGGACGGUGGCGUACUUCUCUUCACUGUUGAAUAUUUUUCUGCCAACACAGCAUAACUUAAUGUGCAUUUGUAUUGUUUUAUUCUCUGAACGUCCUGUAUGACUUUAUACCAAAGUUUAGCAGUAACUGCUCUGGCAAUAUCCAAUGCUGCUUUUUUUUGUAUUGUUGAAGUUUUGCAUUUUGUUUUCAAUAGUAUUUUUGGACCUUGUUUACCUGUACAUUCUGUAAAGCAUGUCUAAAGAGCCUUUUUUGUUACGUAGCCAUUACUCUGACAUUAAACAUGAAUUCUGAUAA